AUGCAAACCAGGGAAGUCUCAGCCCUCAAUUAUUUACUCCCUUCAAACCCUUGUCCCUACCCUCCUAACAACUUCAACAUGAUCCAAAACAACAUUCCCACAUUUCAGUUCCAAAGAUUCUCUAACCAAUUAUAUGGCCACAGCCACAACACUCCCUAUGAUUUCAGUCCUCAAUCGUCAUGCAUCAGCAGCAACUCCACUUCUGAUGAGGCAGAUGAGCAACAACUGAGUCUCAUCAACGAGAGGAAGCACAGGAGGAUGAUAUCAAACCGAGAAUCAGCACGGAGGUCACGGAUGAGGAAGCAGAAGCACCUUGAUGAGCUUUGGUCACAAGUGGUGUGGCUCAGAAACGAGAACCACCAACUCAUAGACAAGCUGAACCAUGUCUCAGAGAGCCAUGACCAAGUGCUCCAAGAGAAUGCUCAGCUGAAAGAGGAAGCCUCAGAACUUCGCCAAAUGAUUAGGGACAUGCAGAUACACAGCCCUUGCCCCUCCUUCACCCCUUUCGAAGAUGAUGUCCCUUGCAGCUCAGCAUAUCUCAGAUCCGAUUCUUCAAACCAAUCCAACUCAUGUAACAACAUGGACCUCCUUGGCUGA